UGGAACUCAUUGACUGUGGCGGCAGAUUUGUUAUGUAAAAGGCUAGAGUGAUGUGUGCGUUGCGAUUCCAACAGGCAAUGCAGAUUGAUCAUAGCAUUUCUAGAAUCCACCAUAUAGUUGUCUGUCAUAGGCCACAACUGUUCUUGUGGGACCACAGUGGAAUUUUUACGCACUUGAGGAGAUUUGUCAUGAAACUGGCUAGAUGCUAGCAGCAAAACAAUUAUAUCAUGUGACUUAAAUUUUUUGUGUAGAAGCAGUGUUUUCUUUUUUGCACUGAUUUACUAUAACCUUCAGAAGGACCUAUUCCUUCUUUAUGUAUAUGUGUGUGUGUUUUCAACCUAUCUCUAUCAUGCUAUUUCAGGUCACUGCAUCAAACUGCAUCCACCCUCCUGAUUAUGUCCAAGAGCUCCUCUUAUGAGUGAUCCUCUUCGUUGUACUUAGUUCUGGACAGUACGUAGAUAAGCUCACGAAGGUGUCAAAAAACAGAGCAAGUCAUAUAUGUAUACUGUGCUUUAAUGCUGCACCGAGGUAAGUUAAGGGGACCCUAAAAAGAAAACCAGGUUUAGCUGUGUUAACAAAUUGCAUAUCCAAAAUACCAAAAGAAGCCACUCUUGCUGUAUGAGGAGGCUUUGUAAGCCAGAAAAAAAUGCUAAAAGAUAAAUGUUCCCAUGCCAGCUAGCCAUGGUGGCACGGACUUUUAUGGCAUCUGCUCAGGCCUGUUAGUUUGUCGCUAUAUGUGGACUACAAUUUAUCUUAAAGGAGCUAAAGACUGAAAUUAGCAAGCUUCAUAAAAAUUUAGUGCCACAGUGGCCCAAGUACAGGAAAAAACUUUGAAAUCCAUCACGUCACACUGAUGUACCCGCACUUGGGCUUCAACAUGAAAUUCAGCAGACGUUCCGCGGCUGGCAAUUCCUUCAAAAGUCAGCGAGAACUUCACAUUACCCGUUCAUCGAAGUGACUCAGUGAAUAAUGGCACUAUGGAGGACCGCAUGCCAAGUACUGCUACACUGCAAUGCGUAGCAGGACCUGAUGAAGAGAACCUCCGGGUGUGGUCUCCGUGUGGCCUAUUCCCAGAGUUCUCGCAGCUUGUUCAACCCCUUCUUCACGGCGCCUCGAUGACAGUAGAAAAGCACAGGGCUCUCUCAUGCAGACUGCGUGAUGAAAUCAUCCAGUUCCUGAACCAACACCAGCUGAUCCAGAACAAAAACGCGUCGAUCAAGCGCUGGCAGUACUGCGCGCUUGGCCGGUCCUUGGCUACACGCUAUCCCGACAUGGCCUGGGAGCAUGCCAAGCCUGGUGUAAAGCUGCACUCCACGCAAAAGAAUGCCUGGAGUGUCUUCACAAAACGCCUCAGCGCUUGCAGGAAGGUCCAGAACCGGAGGAUGAUAAAGAGGCUUCAGCAUUCAAGCAAUUCUUGGGCCACUACUGCUUUUUUGGGCCGGUAAAUAGCGGACGCAGGCAAGUGCUCAAAAGGCCUUCGGCUGUCACACUGAUGGCAGUGAAGUCUCGAAAACAUUAUUGUAUGAUGAAGAUAACCAAAGCCUUCACCUCCCCUUUCCUCAUGUAAUAAAGAUGUCCUUGAAUGAUUUUCCCUUA